GGCUGUUUCAAAAAAAAAUAGCCCAAACCCAGGCUAGCUUGUCCCAUACUCCCAUUUCUGAUCUUGUUGGUGACUGAAGAACAAAGAACUGAAGAAGAAGAAUAAGAAGAAGAAGAAGAAGAAAGAAAAGAAGAAUCGAUGGGGUUAAUGGGAUGGAUGGGAGUGAUUUCGCCGUUCCCAUUCUACUACUGGCUAUGGAAUCAUCCCCAAACAUGGGUGGAUCUCUGCGGGAGAGGGCGGGACCCAUCUCACGUGAUGGCCAUGGUUUCUCACGUGCUCAAGCUCCUCCAAUUCCUCUCCCUCUUCUCCGUCUCCACUCUCUCCUGGCCGCCGCCUCUCUACUUCUGGCCCCUCUUCUCCUUCGGGUAUACGCAUUGUUAGGAGAGUCCGGAACAUACUACGGCGUGAGGUUCGGGAAGAGCAUCCCAUGGGUGACGCGGUUUCCGUUUGGAGUGGUACGCGACCCCCAGUAUGUCGGCAGCAUUUUAAGCCUCGUGGCUUGCGUGUCGUGGGUCCCACUCUCGUAUAUUCUCAUGUGGGUCCUCGGCUACGUGUUCAUGAUCCACGUGGAAUCCAAGGAAGAUCCUUCGACUCGCGCCAAGCCUUUGGACUAAGCUAAGGUGCUGCAGGGAACACUUUAUGUGUUGUCUUCUUCUUUUCUCGUGCUUGUUCUUUGUGCUUUUUAGUGGCAUUUUGGUCAAUCUUUUUUUUUUUCUUCUCUUCAUUUUUAGAGGUAAUUGAAGGCCCUUUUGCUGAUUUGAUAUUUAACAUUCCUUUGAUUCAUCUACAGGAAUAG